AUGACCAUUGGCAUCGAUGAUGGCCGCGGGGCACACACAGAGGCUGGCCAUCGAGUCCUCGAUCUCGUAUUGACUGAUCAAGACUGGAUGGUUCAGCACGUUGAGCAGUCUCUAUGCGCGAAAAUGCUUUUGCGUCGACGACCAGUCCCAACUAUCAUUACCAAGGUAGUAACGUAUGGCGCGAGCUCAUCCCAGUCGUUUGGUACAAUAGAUGUAAGAGCGUUCGAUGUAGAGAAGAAUGACAAGGCUCUGGUGGACAUGAAGGAAAAGGGUAUAUAUUGGAAGCAUACAGGCGGAGAGGUAUUAUAA